CCUUAAAUAAGCACCUUUUCAGAAAUCCUGCCUAGACUAGUAAGAAAUGUGUUCUUAGCAUCCUCUGGUUCGAUCGCUUGACGCCCUUUUGGUGGCGCUAUUCUUCAAUUUCCGGUGUUUUUUCCUUGCAUGGACGGCGUGUGACGGCAGUGUUUGACGCUGAUCCACCUCUUUUGAUAACUUGUAAACAUAAUAGAAUGGGCAUAACAAAGCUGGCAGAUCUCAUUCGAAGUGAUGCACCCAGAGCAAUAUCUCACAAAGACAUUAGCGACUACACAGGCAAGGUUAUCGCUUUGGAUACGUCCAUUGUUUUGAAUCAGUUCCGUACUGCACUCCCUUCACUACAUUUGAGCCCACUGACUGGCUUGUUCUUUCGAACUCUUACGUUCCUGGAGCAUGAUAUUAAACCAGUGUACGUAAUGGAAGGGAGACCCCCUGAACAAAAAAGAGCUGUGUUGGAAAGAAGAGCCCAGAAUGAAGGCAGGACAUUCUAUCCGCACACUAAUGGAGUUUCAUCUAAGACACAAGAUUAUAUGCAACUCCUUAAACUCAUGGGUGUACCUGUUCUCAUGGCCCCAGGAGAUGCAGAGGCGUUCUGUGCACAUCUUGUAAAGAGUGGGAAAGUGGAUGCUGUGGCAUCGGAGGACAUGGACACACUAGCCUUUGGGGGGUCUGUUCUCCUUCGUCAAUUAAAUGCUAAGAAAGACGGUGAUGUCAUCGAAUACUCCUUGUCCAAGAUAUUAGAAGCUCUACAACUUAGCCAGGAAGAGUUUGUUGACUUGUGCAUCCUGUUGGGAUGUGACUACUGUGAGAAGAUUGGGGGCCUUGGGCCCAGGCGAGCUUUAUCACUAAUCCAAAAACAUCGGACCAUUGAAUGUGUGGCGAAGAAUGUGAAUAGAAAGACGCAUCCUAUCCCCCACUUCUGGAAUUAUCAAGAAGCCCGGGGCCUCUUCCUUGACAGCCUGCUGGAUCAAACACCACAGUUGGUCUGGAAUGAACCUGAUGAGGAGGGCUUGGUACGGUUCCUGUGCCAGGAGAAACAUAUUAAAGAGCAAAGAGUCCGUAGUCGGAUGGAGAAGUUUCGAAAGUCUCUUGAGGAGAAACGAACUACAAGAGAGGAAACCAAAGCAGAGACAUGCAGACAGACACGAAUGGAAGACUUCUUCCGUGUGACACGGAAGCGCAAGCCAGUGGAACCUGUGAUGACCAGCACAGGAAAACAAGCGAGGAGGACAUAGUAACACAUUCUUCUUGUGUUGAGCAAACAAAGAUUAUAUUUUUAAGUGUUAUGUUUUAUGGACAGAUCAUGUGCAAGUAUACAUUUGUGUUUUCAUACCUGUUGUUAUACCUAUUGUAAAGUAGGUUAAGAAAAAAAGUUUUGUCCAAUCCAAGAAAAUCUGCCAUCCAACUAACGUUUGCCGUUUUUUUUUAAAUUAAUAUUUGUUUACACUAUCUUAAAGUGGAUGGUAGUCCAUAUUUUUUCCAUAGAAGAAUGUUCUCUUUCAUAUUUUAAUGCAUCACAAACACAUCAAGGAGUUCCUUAUUUAUCCUAUGAUUAUGACGCCCAGAUGUUUGUCAAAGUCUAUAACAAAAAUCUUUUGUUUUGCUGCAAAUGCCCUGAGUGUGCUUUGAUCAAGCCAAAGUAGAUACAUGUAUACAAGGCACAGUAAUUCUCAUCAGCCUAUCAUGUGUUUUAUUUGCCUACACACUGCAUUUCCAUUAAACGAAAACAACUGUGCUCCACCGUUUUAACUGGACAUUUUCUUGAGUUUUAGGAAAGCCUGUUGGUGUGAUUAUAAAAGCAGUAGACAGGAAAAGGUCUAAGAAGUUGACAAAAUGAGGAUAUGAUACAGAAUUGCAUGUCUGUAAAAUUUCUUUCCGAAAAUGUUUAAAUGAUCAUGAUGUGUACAUGCGUAAUAUUUGUUAAGACAUCGAUCCAUUGCUUUUGACUGUUUUGGACAGUUCAGCUUCAUAUCUGUUACUGAAGGUCUUUGAUUUCUGGCCUUUUUUAUUAACAUUGAAAUAAGUUAAUAAAAGUUUUGUUCACAACUGGA